AUGGCGAACAACAACACUGAACAGGCCGAUUACGAUAUAGUGAUCAUCGGCGCAGGAUUCUCAGGACUGCUCGCAGCCCACUAUCUGAAAGACGCCGGCUUUGCCUCCAUCCGUCUGUUCGAAAAAAGCCCCUCCGUCGGUGGCGUAUGGGCCCAUGGUGGCGUGGGUGGCUAUCCGGGCGCGGCCUGUGACGUGCCGGCCUACACCUACCUGCCUUUUCUGGAUCGCACCGGAUUCAUUCCGUCGAAAAAGUACGUCAGCCAGCAGGAGAUCGCCGACUACGCGGAACUGCUCACCGAUCACUGCGAAUUACGCGACGUCAUGGCGUUCUCGCGAGAAGUGGCAGACGUUCGCCUCAUUAAUGGCCGCGACGAUCUCUGGCAGGUGACGACUCUCGACCCGAUCACCCGCGAAGUUGCAGAAGUGGUCACCUGCAGCCAUGUCAUUGCAGCCAAUGGGCCUCUAUCGAGUCCCCGCCUACCGGAAGUGCCUGGCAUGGACAGCUUCAAAGGCGAGAGCUUCCACACCGCCCGCUGGGACGCUAAUGCCUCACUGAAAGGCAAACAUGUCGGCAUCAUCGGUACCGGCGCAUCUGCAGCACAGGUGAUUACAACCAUUGUGGAUGACGCCGAACAUCUCACCGUUUUCCAACGCACACCUACCUGGGUACUGCCCCGGGACGACGAGCCCACACCGCCGGAGAUCACCGAAGCUUUUCGCGCCGGCGGCUACGGAGAAGAACUGCGCAAGGUCGACUUUGACAGCGAUGCCGCACCCACAGAAGUGCUGCUUACCUUCGACGACCUGCACGAUCCGGAAAAAAAUGCCGCGGUCUGCACCAUGAUUACCGAGCGCAUCAACGCGGAGGUAAAAGACCCCGAGCUGGCCGCAACCCUGACACCGGAUUACCCCUUCUUCUGCAAGCGGGCGCUGUUUAUCGAUGACUAUUAUUCAACCUUCAAUCGCGACGACAUCUCCCUGGUGGAUGAUCCCGGUGGUGUGGUGCGUAUUCAUCCCGAGGGAGUGGAACUGGCUUGCGGUGACCGCCAUGACGUAGACGUUCUGAUCUACGCCACCGGCUUCGACAGCAAUCUGAUCCCAUUUCCGGUGACAGGACGCAACGACGUCACCCUUGCUGACGCCUUCGGCGCCAACGAGGAUAACAAGUGGCAGAUGACACGGCCGCGCAGUCUCUGGGGUAUCCACAUCCCCGAGAUGCCCAACUUCCACAUGAUGAUUGGUCCUCAGAGUUUGAAUCCCUAUACCAACGUCACCCUGGUGUGCGAGGAACAGGCGCGUUACCUGGCAAAAUUGUUGUCAGACAUGCGCGAUCGCGGCGCCCGCACCGUAGAGCCCUCAGCCGAUGCUGCUGACGCGUGGACCGACCUGUGCGAGAAAAGCUCCGAAGGCAAAGUCUGGCUGAGGUGCAAUAACUGGUACAUGAAAACCACCAAGUCCGACGCUGCCGCGGGCCGCGAGCGCUCCGCUGGUAUGUGGAUGGGGUCCUACGAGGACUAUCUGCGGCACCUGAUCGGCCACGAAGGUUAUGUGGUGUACGGCGGCGAACUGAGUUUGUUUACCCGCAAACUCGAAGCGGCUUUGCAAUUCUACGGCGCAGACUUUUCCGUCGAGGCGAAAACUCAGGAUAACGCUGAAGUGAUUGAGCACCGCUCUGGCACUCAUCAGGUGCCUGUGUUGUUAACACCAGAAAACUGGAUGAUUGGCGACACAACGCCAUUGUUGGAAUUGCUGGAUAGCCGCUUCCCACACCGGGCGAUGUUCCCCCCAGGGGAAAUGGGUGUGCUGGUGCACGUGCUUGAAGAGCAUUUUGACGAGUGGAUCGCACGCGUCAUGGUGCACUAUCGCUGGCACUAUCCGGACAGUGCGAAGUUCGCUGCGCAGCGCAUGGCCAACGGCAAUCCAGCGGUUGCCCAGCGCAUGCUGGACUGGGGCCCUAGAGCAUGUCGUGCCACUGGCACAGACUCCACCCAACAACGCGAAGCAGCAGAAGCGGAAUACCUGCGUAUUCUUGAGGCCGCAGAGGCGCAACUGGAUCAAACAGCGUUUUUAUUAGGGGACCGCCCUACCGCUUUGGAUUGUAUUGUCCUCGGCGGAUUACGCGCGCAUACCAAUAUGGACCCUGACCCCAAAAGGGUUACAGCUCAAUUUCCAACCGUCGUCGAUUGGGCGGAACGCCGAGCUUCACGGUGGGACGGUACAGGUGAAUUAGCGCCUUUCGAUGCGCCCACUGAUUUUGCCGGACAUAUUCUGGGAGAAAUGGCCGCAACCUAUUCUCGAUAUAUCCUGGCUAAUCGCGACGCUCAGCGGGUCGGCGCAAAAGCCUUUCACGUGGAUAUCUAUGGCGAAGAUGUCAGCUAUCUGUCUCGACCCUAUCCGGAAGCGGCGCGCAAAAUGGUGGUUGAGCGCAUCAGGAAACUGGAUACCAAGGGACACAAGCGUGUUCAGGCAAUGCUCAAUAAAGCAGGAUUGAGAGAAGCCUUUGGUUGA